AUGCCAUUUAGGCUCACCGGAGGAACGAAAGAUUACAUCGCUGUUGGUUCCGACUCUGGCCGAAUAGUAAUUUUGGAAUACUCGAGCGAGAAGAAUUCUUUUCAGCGCGUGCACCAGGAAACGUUUGGAAAGACAGGAUGUCGUCGAAUAGUUCCGGGUCAUUAUUUGGCAGCGGAUCCGAAGGGAAGAGCUAUCAUGAUAGGUGCUGUUGAGCGGCAAAAAUUAGUGUACAUCAUGAAUCGUGAUGCCGAAGCUCGGCUUACUAUUUCAUCUCCUCUGGAAGCCCACAAGCAGUACACUUUGUGCUAUGGUAUGGUGGGAAUCGAUGUCGGAUUCGAAAAUCCAACCUUCGCAUGUCUUGAGUUUGAUUACGAGGAUGCUGAACAUGAUCCUACCGGCGAAGCGCUGCAGACGACGAAGCAGACUUUGACUUUUUACGAACUUGACUUGGGUCUUAACCACGUUGUGAGAAAGUAUGCUGAACCUCUUGACGACAAGGCAACGAUGAUU